UUUUUUGUCAAUUAACCCACGAACUGCUUGAAUUUCUCUCCUCCAAUAAAACGAGUACUUUGCAAAUUCAAUCCUCCAGAGAAGAAACACAUCUCUGAUCCUCUCGACAACAUUGAAGAAAUCACUGACGCUCAGUUGUUUCCAUUGUUUUAGAUCAAUUUCGGAAUUCUGAGGCGCAACUGAGGAAUUGGGCAACAAAGCGGCUCUGCCAGCUCCGGCGUUCGAACCCCUCUCCGAUCUGUAAAACCCUCACAUUCCUACCCGAUUCUUCCAUCUCAAAACAUAUGCCAGGCGUCGGAUCCCGCUGGCGGACUUUCUGUUGAGCACUCUUAGCCAAUUCGGACGGGAUGGCCGAUACUGCGAUCGACCAAGUGAAUCAAUCUUAUGAUGAAGCCAACAAGACCCAGAAGAAUGUAUUUGACUUGGAAUCAUUUGUUGGGGACUUGACUGUCGAGGAAGAUGCUUGCAGUGAUGACAUUUCAUUGGAAGGACUGCAGCUAGAACUCGAAGAAUGUAAAGAUGACAAUGUAGUUACGAACAUACUUUCUAAAGGUGUAAAACUAAGGGAGUACACAAAGGGAGUUGAAAACAAUUUGCGGCAGGUUGAGCUGGAUUCCAUACAGGAAUAUAUUAAAGAAAGUGAUAACUUAGUCUCGCUUCAUGAACAAAUUCGUGACUGCGAUAACAUUUUAUCACAGAUGGAAACUCUUCUCAGUGGUUUCCAGGCUGAAAUUGGUUCUAUUAGUGCAGACAUUAAGGUCCUGCAGGAGAAGUCAAUGGAUAUGGGUCUGAAGCUCAAGAAUCGCAAGGUGGCGGAAUCAAAAUUGGCAAAGUUUGUUGAAGAGAUCAUUGUCCCUCCAAGGAUGAUAGACAUAAUUGUUGAUGGAGAGGUGAAUGAUGAAUAUUUGAGAACUCUUGAGAUUCUAAGUAAGAAACUGGUGGUCGUGGAAGUGGAUCCAAUGAUAAAAAAUUCCAAAGCACUAAAGGAUGUACAACCUGAGCUUGAAAAACUCCGACAGAAAGCAGUGUCUAAGGUCUAUGACUUCCUUGUCCAGAAACUACAUGCUUUGAGAAAACCCAAGACAAAUAUUCAGAUCCUUCAACAGAGUGUUCUUUUGAAGUACAAGUAUGUCAUUUCUUUCCUCAAAGAUCAUAGCAAAGAAGUUUAUAAUGAGGUUCGGACAGCAUAUAUUGAUACAAUGAACAAGGUUUUGGGUGCACAUUUCCGUGCCUACAUACAGGCAUUAGAGAAAUUGCAGCUAGACAUAGCGACAUCUAGUGAUCUGAUUGGGGUUGAGGCUAGAAGUUCAGGUCUUUUCUUGAGAGGAAGGGAACCACUGAAGAACCGAUCUGCUGUCUUUGCUCUUGGUGAUAGAAUAAAGAUACUAAAGGAAGUUGACGAACCUGCACUGAUUCCACAUAUUGCCGAAGCCAGUUCAAUUAAGUAUCCUUACGAAGUUCUCUUUAGGAGCAUGCAUAAGCUUCUAAUGGACACUGCUACGUCUGAGUAUAAUUUUUGUGAUGAUUUUUUUGGGGAAGAAUCAAUGUUUUAUGAGAUCUUUGCAGGUCCUUUUGCUGUCAUUGACGAACACUUCAAUUCAAUUCUCCCGAACAGUUAUGAUGCAAUUGGUCUAAUGCUCAUGAUUCUGAUCAUUCAUCAGCAUCAGCUUAUCAUGUCACGGCGGCGUAUACCUUGCUUGGAUUCAUAUUUAGACAAGGUUAAUAUUGCUCUUUGGCCUCGUUUUAAGAUGGUAUUUGACAUGCACCUCAGCAGUCUGAGGAAUGCAAAUGUAAAGACAUUGUGGGAAGAUGAUGUGCAUCCUCACUAUGUCAUGAGGCGAUACGCUGAGUUUACAGCUUCACUUAUCCAUCUGAAUGUCGAAUAUGGAGAUGGGCAGCUUGAUUUGAACUUGGAGCGGCUAAGAAUGGCAAUUGACGAUUUGCUUAUCAAGCUUGCCAAAACCUUUUCAAAAGCUAAAUCACAGACAGUGUUUCUUAUAAAUAACUACGAUAUGACAAUUUCCGUCUUGAAGGAAGCUGGUCCAGAGGGUGGGAAAAUUCUGGUGCACUUCGAGGAUCUGCUGAAGAGCAACACAGCCUUGUUUGUGGAAGAACUCUUAGCAGAGCAUUUCAGCCAACUUAUCAAGUUCGUUAAAACCCGUGGCUCGGAGGACCUAAGUUCGAAUCCCGACCGACCAAUUACUGUGGCUGAAGUAGAGCCCCUUGUAAAAGACUUUGCGAGCAGAUGGAAAGCUGCAAUCGAGUUGAUGCACAAAGAUGUCAUCACUUCUUUCAGUAAUUUCUUGUGUGGAAUGGAAAUCCUAAGGGCGGCUUUGACUCAACUCCUGCUUUAUUACACAAGACUCUCGGAUUGUAUAAAGCGGAUCGUUGGUGGCUCUGCUCUAAACAAGGAUCUAGUGUCCAUUUCUUCAAUUAUGUAUGAAAUUAGGAAAUAUUCAAGAACUUUUUAAGGUUGAGGGAAUCAGAACUAAGAGCAAGAAAUGAAGAUAGCAUAAUAUGUGCCAGUGCAGCUGUGUUCAAUGUUUGGUUAUGCACAGCUGCUUUCGUUUUGGUUCUUUGGAAAAUAUCCAGUUGAUGCGCGAGGUCAUGUCUUUACUUUUCUAUCACAUUUCAGUGCCAAGACAUUACAUUACCUGCGUCGUCAACAUUAGUUAAUCUGCUGUGUACAGUUUUUACCAUGGAACCUGAUACACAAUCCUUUUCCAUAAAUCACCCCCACCAGAAAAAUCCCAGAGGAACAGGAAGAAGAAGCCAAGUUAAAUUUGAAAUAUCACAGUUUGUUGUAAGAUUCUGUUCCAAAUUAAAAAAGAAAUAGGAAAAAUGACUUACGUUAGGGACCUAAUUUGCAAGAGUGAAAUGUUCAUUCUUCUUCAAAGCGAGGUUUUGCCUUGGACUUGGAGUGGAGCGGCCACAGUUGGACAGGUUAAUGUUUUAUGGUUCUUCUGAGAUGUUAAUGUAGCACACACUUCUGUUUCUCCGUGGUACGACUUGUCGUUCAUGGCUUAUCGAUUACAUCAUCUUUGGUAGACUGCGCUAUUUCUUUUCUAGUUUCAAAUUUAAUGAUCAUUAUAAUUAGAUUUCCUGA